AGGCUGGGGGAGCAGCUCUGGAGCAACGUUUGGUGCUCAGACAGCCGACAGUCUUGCACAAGUCCUGAAGGAGAAUGUUCAUGGCCUGGAUUGUUGCAGAGGAGAGGUGCCUGAUCCAAAACCAAGUCCAAGAGCAGUGGUAGACCUGCCUGCAGCUUUUAUCACUGAUGCAGAGGAUGUAGAUCUGUAUGUCAGAUCAGAUACCUUGAAGGGCUGGUGUCUUCUGGAGCUUUGACAACGUUGUUUUUUUCCUGGAUCCUGGAUCCAUGUGCAGAAAACAGCCAGCCAAAUGGAGCAAAGCUAGAAGGGUUAUGUCUGCCCUGAUCCUGAUCAGGGUGCCAGAGCACUGGACCAGGUUUCCUGGAGAGGUUGUGGAGUCUCCAUCUCUGGAGAGAUUCGAAAGCCUCCUGGAUGUGUUCCUGGGUGAACCUGCUCUAGCAGGAGGGUUGGACUGAAUGAUCUCUGUAGGUCUCUUCCAACCCCUACCAUUCUGUGAGUGGCUCCUCAGCAUUCCUAGCUAGCUCUCAUGCUUGCCAUAGUCAUGGGUGCAUACUCAUAAGGACAAGGAUUUGUGGCUGCUCUGCACUGGAGUGGAAUAUGAUUGCUCCCACUGGAUUUUUGUGUAACUACAGACUCACCAGUUUGCAUUCAUGAAAGACUUGAGGUCAGAGAGAUGUCCUUCGUUGCUGGGCAAUGCUUGCCUCCCUCCCCAAAGAUCUUCCAAGGAUGUAAAACUUCUUUUGACCCUCUACAGACAGUACUUGGCAAAGAGCCUGGGUUUGGACUCAGUGGGGUUUGGCUACCUCCAGACAACCUUUGGCAUCCUGCAGCUUGUAGGAGGUCCCAUUUUUGGCAGGUUUGCAGAUAAGUUUGGGACCCGAGCAGCCUUAAUUCUCUCCUGUGCAUCUGGAAGUGUCUUCUUCCUGCUCACAUCCAUUUCCACCAGCAUUCCCCUCCUCUUCCUCUCCAGGCUUCCAGCAGUGUUCAUGCAUGGGCUGCCAGGUGCUCAGAAGGUUAUUACAGAUCUGACUGCUCCUUCCCAACGUGCUGAUGCUUUGGGGAAGCUGGGUCUUUGCUUUGGAAUAGGCAUCAUCAUCGGCUCUGCUCUGGGAGGUGUCCUCUCCACCAAAUUUGGCAUAUUUGUUCCCAUGUAUGUUGGGCUGGUGGGAAGUCUCAUCAAUACCAUGAUAGCAAUGGCUUGGAUCCCUUUGCAGCCUAAACCAACGUCAGACCAUCGUGUGACAGAGCAGAGCACAUCACAGUCCGGCAGCGUGUUCAGCAUCAGAGAAAUCCUGCGCCUGAUGAAGUUUCCAGGAGUAAUGGAAGUUUUCAUAAUCAAGGUCUUUUCUGGCCUUCCCAUAGGUUUGUUCAUGAUCAUGUUUUCCAUCAUCUCUAUGGAUUUCUUUGGUUUGGAAGCAGUGGAGUCUGGAUACCUGAUGUCAUAUUUUGGUGUCCUUCAAAUGGUGAGCCAGGGUCUGGUCGUUGGAAAACUCAGUAAACACUGCACGGAGAGGACUCUGCUCAGGCUCAGCAUUUUUGUCUUUGGUGUUGUAGGCCUUGGCAUGGCCCUGAUGAGGACCGUGUGGCACUACUGCAUCAUUGCAGUUCCACUGAUGUUUGCCUUCAGCAUGCUUGCCACCAUCACUGACAGCAUCCUUACCAAGGCUGUCCCCUCCUCUGACACUGGUACCAUGCUUGGAAUCUGUGCCUCAGUGCAUCCCUUGACCCGGACUGUUGGCCCCACCAUCGGUGGAGUUUUAUACAAAGAGUUUGGAGUCUCCUCCUUUGGCUAUUUACAGCUAAUUGUUAAUGUUGGUUUGUUUGUUUACCUCUUAAAAAGUAAAAUCCCGCUGGAUGAGACAAAAAGCCAAUAAUAUGAUUGCAAGAGAGUAACCUCUUACUUUUUCCAAGAUAGAAAGAUGUUAAUGAGUCUUAUUUGAUUCCAUAACUGUGGAAUAAAACCACUUGGAUGAUACCUUGCAUUUCGGCAACCUUUGCAUCUAGAGUAAGGGACAGAUGGCUUUGCUGAAGUCUUGGAGCUCUGUUGGAGCAACUGGUGGCAUGGGACCCCAAGAGCUAUCCAGUUCCCCCUGCAGCAGUGGCUGUCAUUAUAGGCCAUACCUCCAGCUCCUCAGCUGCCAGCAUUCCUGUUUGGAUUCACUGAAAUCAAGGGGAUUAGGCCUCUGCUCCGGUUUGGCCUUUUAUUUCACCCACAUCUCCUGCAACAAUACCAAGGAAAAUUGGAGUAAAACACAUCUGCUUUGGAAUGUCAUUUUGCUGCCUUAAAUGCACCUCUGCCAUUCUUGUGCUAGAAGGGGAUUGUGGCCAGAGCUUUACUACAUCCCCGGCUCGAUCAUGCACAGCCCUGCCUCUGCAUGAGCACAGCCGGUGGCCCUGCAGCUGCCAGCGGCGUGCAGGGAGGAUGCAGAGCCCCCAUGUAGCACGCUGCAAUGCCAGCCUCUCCCUGCUGCUUGCAGAAAUGGGGCCAACCUUCCUUUCAGAUUUUCUUGCAUUUCCCUCUGCUAAGUCACUCUUGCUUUUACUACACACUACAUGCAAUUACCUACUUAGCAACUUCCUCUAGUACAAAGUCUCCUGCAAGAGUUGCACUGAUAUUGGGAGGGGGAAAUUGCGUGAUCA